GGGGAAAACACAAACCUGUCAGCCCUCUGACUCUGCGGAGGCCUCCGGCGGGGCGGCGAGUCCCCCACGUGCCACGGCCCGGACUCACCUGUACCUGCGCAGCCCCCGCCUCACCUGGCCGAGCUGAGAGCCGCGCCGCCACCCGCCACCCGGAACCGGCGCUUCCGUCCGCGUGAGUCCCCUCCCGCGAUCCGGGCUGAGCACCAGCCAGAAGUUGGCGGCUGGACGAGGAUUGCGAUGUGCUGGUCCUAGCUGCUGUCUGAGAGGAUGUCUGGGGUGUCCCAGCCCCUGAGCCGAGUAAAGGUGGGCACGCUAUGUCGGCCGGAAGGCCCCCCAGAGCCCAUGGUGGUGAUGCCAGUAGAUGUGGAAAAGGAAGACGUGCGGAUCCUCAAGGUCUGCUUCUAUAGCAACAGCUUCAACCCUGGGAAGAACUUCAAACUGGUUAAAUGCACUGUGCAGACCGAGAUCCGGGAGGUCAUUGCCUCCAUCCUGCUGAGCGGGCGGAUCGGGCCCAACAUCCAGCUGGCUGAGUGCUAUGGGCUGAGGCUGAAGCACAUGAAGUCAGACGAGAUCCACUGGCUGCACCCGCAGAUGACAGUGGGUGAGGUGCAGGACAAGUAUGAGUAUCUACACGUGGAAGCCGAGUGGAGGUAUGACCUUCAAAUCCGCUACUUGCCAGAGGACUUCAUGGAGAGCCUGAAGGAAGACAAGACCACGCUGCUUUAUUUUUACCAACAGCUCCGGAAUGACUACAUGCAACGCUACGCCAGCAAGGUCAGCGAGGGCAUGGCCCUGCAGCUGGGCUGUCUGGAGCUCAGGCGGUUCUUCAAGGACAUGCCGCACAAUGCACUUGACAAAAAGUCCAACUUCGAGCUCCUGGAGAAGGAAGUAGGGCUCGACCUGUUUUUCCCAAAGCAGAUGCAGGAGAGUUUAAAGCCCAAGCAGUUCCGGAAGAUGAUCCAGCAGACAUUUCAGCAGUACGCCUCGCUCAGGGAGGAGGAGUGCGUCAUGAAGUUCUUCAACACCCUGGCCGGCUUUGCCCACAUCGACCAGGAGACCUAUCGCUGUGAACUCAUUCAAGGAUGGAACAUCACUGUGGACCUGGUCAUCGGCCCUAAAGGCAUCCGCCAGAUGACAAGUCAAGAUGCAAAGCCCACCUGCCUAGCUGAGUUCAAGCAGAUCAAGUCCAUCAGGUGCCUCCUGCUGGAGGAGGGCGAGGCAGUAUUGCAGUUGGACAUCGAAGGCGCCCCCCAGUCCUUGUCCAUCAAAACCUCCUCUCUGGCAGAAGCCGAGAACAUGGCUGACCUCAUAGACGGUUACUGCCGGCUGCAGGGGGAGCACAAAGCCUCUCUCAUCAUUCAUCCCAAGAAAGAUGGUGAGAAGCGGACCAGCCUGCCCCAGAUCCCCGUGCUAAGCCUGGAGGCGCAGCGGCCCCGCCUCUCCGAAAGCUGCAGCAUAGAAUCAGACAUUUACGCCGAGAUUCCUGACGAGACUCUGCGAAGGACAGGAGGCUCACAGUAUGGCAUCGCCCGGGAAGAUGUGGUUCUGAACCGUAUCCUCGGGGAAGGCUUUUUUGGGGAGGUCUACGAAGGUGCCUACACGAAUCACAAAGGGGAGAAAAUCAAUGUCGCCGUGAAGACCUGCAAGAAAGACUGCACGCAGGACAACAAGGAGAAGUUCAUGAGUGAGGCAGUGAUCAUGAAGAACCUGGACCACCCGCACAUUGUGAAGCUGAUAGGCAUCAUCGAAGAGGAGCCCACCUGGAUUGUGAUGGAAUUGUAUCCCCACGGGGAGCUGGGCCACUACCUGGAGCGACACAAGAACUCCCUGAAGGUGCUCACUCUCGUCCUGUACUCGCUGCAGAUUUGCAAGGCCAUGGCCUACCUGGAGAGCAUCAACUGUGUCCACAGGGACAUCGCCGUCCGGAACAUCCUGGUGGCCUCCGCGGAGUGUGUGAAGCUGGGGGACUUCGGCCUGUCGCGGUACAUAGAGGAGGAGGACUACUACAAAGCCUCUGUGACUCGUCUACCCAUCAAGUGGAUGUCGCCCGAGUCCAUCAACUUCCGCCGCUUCACCACGGCCAGUGACGUCUGGAUGUUUGCCGUGUGCAUGUGGGAGAUCCUGAGCUUUGGCAAGCAGCCCUUCUUCUGGCUGGAGAACAAGGACGUCAUCGGGGUGCUGGAGAAGGGCGACCGGCUGCCCAAGCCCGACCUCUGCCCACCUGUCCUCUACACCCUUAUGACCCGCUGCUGGGACUACGACCCCAGUGAGCGGCCCCGCUUCAACGAGCUGGUGUGCAGCCUCAGUGACGUUUAUCAGAUGGAGAAGGACCUUGCUAUAGAGCAGGAGAGGAACGCUCGCUACCGACCUCCCAAAAUCUUGGAGCCCAUAGUCUUCCAGGACCCCCCGCCCAAGCCCAGCCGGCCCAAGUACAGACCCCCUCCACAGACCAACCUGCUGGCACCCAACCUGCAAUUCCAGGUCCCCGAGGGUCUGUGUGCCAGCUCACCCACGCUCACCAGCCCUAUGGAGUACCCAUCUCCCGUAAACUCGCUGCACACCCCACCUCUCCACCGGCACAAUGUCUUCAAGCGCCACAGCAUGCGGGAGGAGGACUUCAUCCGCCCCAGCAGCCGAGAAGAGGCCCAGCAGCUGUGGGAGGCCGAGCGGGCCAAGAUGCGGCAGAUCCUGGACAAGCAGCAGAAGCAGAUGGUGGAAGAUUACCAGUGGCUGCGGCGGGAGGAGAAGUCCUUGGACCCCAUGGUUCACAUGAACGACAAGUCCCCGUUGACCCCAGAGAAGGAGGCCGGCUACACGGAGUUCACGGGCCCCCCACAGAAGCCACCGAGGCUGGGUGCACAGAAUCACCGAGGGGCUUUUGAACCCACCUACCUGCCCGCCCCACCGGCCUCCAUGCCAGGUGAUGCUCAGUUGGCCUGGUGCGGAGCUGGCCACCAGGAUUCUGUAAGGCUCCCGGCCGAGUCUAAUUCCAUCCAGCCCACAGCCAACCUGGAUCGGACCGACGACAUGGUGUACGACAAUGUCAUGGAUCUGGUGCAGGCUGUGCUGGACCUCAAGAAUAAGCUCUGCCAGCUGCCCCCCGAGGCCUACGUGAUGGUGGUGAAGAACGUGGGCCUGACCCUGCGGAAGCUGAUCGGGAGCGUGGACAGUAUCCUGCCUUCCUUGCCGGCGUCGUCACGGACGGAGAUUGAAGGGACCCAGAAACUGCUCAACAAGGACCUGGCGGAGCUCAUCAAUAAGAUGCGACUGGCCCAGCAAAACGCCGUGACCUCCCUGAGUGAGGAGUGCAAGCGGCAGAUGCUCACGGCCUCCCACACCCUGGCCGUGGACGCCAAGAACCUGCUCGAUGCCGUGGACCAGGCCAAGAUUCUGGCCAACCUGGCUCACCCGCCUGCAGAGUGACGGAGGGUGGGCCGCCCGCCUGCGUCUUCGCCCCGCCUGUCGUGUACCUCCCUUGCCCCCGGCCCUGCCCUGCCUUCGGCCACAUGGGUCUUCUCAGGGGGAAGGCUGAGAGGAGUCCUUCCCUUGCCACUUUGCACGACCCCCUCUCCCCACCCGACACCCAGACUGUGCUGCUCAGGCUGCAGCUGGACAGAGGGGACUCAGGGCUGUAGAAGCCAGGGGGUGACCACGAGGGCUCAGAGGGAGCACAGCUGCCACUGGCCACUCCCUUCUCCUACCUGCCGGGCCUGCUGGGGGUCCCACGGAUGCCCCUAGUGGCCAUGAUGGCUUUAUGCAUGGACAUAGCAGGCCAUGUGGGAAACCAAGCUAUUCCUGCUUCCUCUUCUGCCCACGGAAGUCCCCCCCCGAUGCAGAGGGGCCCGAGAGGGGCUUUCUUUGGCCGAGUGGAUGGUCGGUGAGAUGAGGGAUGGACCUGGCUUUCUUGUACAGUGUAUAUUGGAAUUUAUUUAAUGUGAGUCUGGUCUGGACGGACAGCCAUGCACCCCCGGAGGGGGGGCCUGGGACACAGUCCAGCAACAAGCUAGUGGGAGGCUGGGCACAGGACGCUGUGUGGCCAACACGCCAAGUGUCGAGGAGAAGGGGAGUGGAGCCAAACAGGACUCGGACCACAAUCCACUCUCUUCCUCACGCCCACUUUUCUCUUUCUUUCCUUAUUUUGCCUCCUCCUCCUUCCUUCCUCUUUUCUUAUUCCUCCCUCUCUUUCCUCUUCCUCACCAGCUUCCUCCCGUCUCCUCCCUCGUGUUUGUGCAGAACACCCUUUACGUUCUUUCUAUUUGACUUGUGGAUGAAUUAAACUGUACUAUUUGCUU